AUGGCAGAAAGAGGUGGAGAGCGCGGCGCUGAGCGUGGCGGUGACCGUGGUGGUUUCGGACGCGGAUUCGGCGGCCGUGGCGGAGGAAGAGGCGGUCCUAGAGGCCGUGGACGUCGUGGAGGCCGUGCUACAGAAGAGGAGAAAUGGGUCCCUGUCACCAAGCUUGGUCGUCUCGUGAGAGAUGGUAAAAUCAAGCAGAUAGAGCAGAUCUACCUCCAUUCUCUCCCCGUGAAAGAGUACCAAAUCAUAGACCUCCUCGUGCCUUCGUUGAAAGACGAGGUAAUGAAGAUCAUGCCUGUGCAGAAACAAACCAGAGCUGGUCAAAGGACGAGGUUCAAGGCCUUCGUCGUCGUCGGAGACGGUAACGGUCACGUCGGAUUAGGUGUGAAAUGCUCCAAGGAGGUUGCGACGGCCAUUAGAGGAGGGAUUAUUCUCGCGAAACUCUCUGUGAUUCCGGUGAGGAGAGGUUACUGGGGAAACAAGAUCGGGAAGCCACACACUGUGCCUUGCAAGGUUACCGGAAAGUGUGGAUCUGUCACAGUGAGGAUGGUUCCAGCUCCAAGAGGUGCUGGUAUUGUGGCUGCUAGGGUUCCUAAGAAGGUUCUUCAAUUCGCUGGUAUUGAUGAUGUCUUCACUUCCUCCAGAGGAUCCACCAAAACCCUCGGAAACUUUGUUAAGGCUACAUUCGACUGUCUUCAGAAGACAUAUGGGUUCCUUACACCAGAGUUCUGGAAAGAGACAAAGUUCCAGAAAUCGCCAUACCAAGAGUUCACCGAUCUCUUGGCUAGUAAGGAAGUUGCUGCAGCCAAGCCUAUCACCGAGGGUGAAGACCAAGCUUGA